AGGAAAAAGAAAAAAGAAGAAAUGCAGGUAAAUUAUAUGAAAAAAUGAGGGAGCAAUUCAGAGAAAAAGAAGAGCGGUAUAAUAAAGAAGUUGAAAUGAAACAACAACUUGAACUGCCUCUUGCAACAGUAGGUGUGGGAUUGAGGACUGUAAGAAAUAAUUUGGAUCAGGUUGUAGAAGAGCAAAAUGACGCUAAGUUACAACUUUCUCGAGAACAGAAUGCCAGAGUAUUACAAGAUGGAAUUCUAAAGAAUCACCUUUGCAAACAAAAGGAGAUAGAAGUGGCUAAUAACAGAAUGAAUUCUGGGAUUUCUAAGAGUCAUAAAGAAGAAAAAGAUCUGUUGUCUAAAACCCACAUGUGGCAGGAUGAAAUUGCCAUGCUAAGACUGGAAAUAGACACAGUAAACAAUAAGAACCAGGAAAUGGAAAAGAAAUAUUGUGAAGACAUUGAAAGUAUAAAAAAAGAAUGUCAGUCUUCUAAAGACCAUAAAACUGAAUGAGGAAACAUUAACAAAAACAAUAUUAGAAUAUAGUGGACAGAUUAAUGCUCUGACCACUGAGAAUACAAUGCUAAAGUCUAAACUGGAGAAUGAAAAGCAAAACAAAGAAAGGCUGGACACACAAGUUGAAUCAUAUCGAGCUAGACUAGCUACUGCUCUAGAGGAUUAUGAUCAAAGUCAGACAUCAAAAAGAGACCUAGAACUUGCUUUCCAGAGAACAAAAGAUGAAUGGUUUCGUCUGCAGGACAAACUGAAUUUUGAUGUGUCUAACCUAAAAGAAAACAAUGAGCUUCUUUCUCAAAACCUUUCUAAAGCUGAAAGUAAAUUCAAUACUUUAGAAAUUGAGCUCCAUCACACAAGAGAUGCUCUCAGGGAAAAGACUUUGGUUUCAGAAUGUGUACAAAGAGACCUAAGUCAAACACAGUGUCAGAAAAAGGAAAUGGAACACAUGUAUCAAAAUGAACAAGAUCAAGUGAAUAAAUACAUUGGAAAGCAGGAAUCCUUAGUGGAGAGAUUAUCUCAACUACAAAGUGAAAAUAUGCUGCUUCAACAGCAACUAGAUGAUGCUCACAACAAAGCUGCCAGUAAAGAAAAUGUAGUAAUUAAUAUCCAGGACCAGUUUCAGGAUAUCGUAAAAAAACUUCAAGCUGAAAGUGAAAAUCAAGGUCUUUUGCUGGAAGCAAGCAACAGUUAAUCAAUGAAUGUAAUCUUUUAAAAGAAAGAAUGUAUCAGUAUGUAAAGGAGAAAGUAGAAAGAGAAGUAACUGUGAGACACCUUCAACUAGAACUGGCUGAUGCCCUAAAAAAACAAUCUAUGUCAGAGGCUUCGCUGGAGGUUACAUCACGUUGCCGUAUUAAUUUAGAAGAUGAGACACAGGAUUUGAGGAAGAA